AUGAUACAUAGGGCACAAAGUAUAUCAUCAUACUUUCCUCAAUUGCUAGCAUUCGUAUCAACGACAUAUACUCCUUUAACCAGAAAUUGUCACAAAUUUUCCUACAUAGGCCGAGCAGAUUUAUCUACCCAAUCCAAUAUGACGAAUCCCAAGUGUUUCUUUGACAUUUCCAUUGGCGGUCAAAAGAAGGGCCGUAUUGUAUUCACUUUAUUCGAGGAUAAAGUCCCCAAGACUGCCCAGAACUUUCUCCAUCUAUGCAUUGGCGACAAACAAUUCAAUGGAAAAACUUUACACUACAAGGGUUCGAUCUUCCAUAGAAUUAUUCCCAAUUUCAUGUGCCAGGGAGGAGAUAUCACCAACCACAACGGUACUGGUGGCCUAUCCAUUUACGGGCGUAACUUCAAUGAUGAAAACUUCUCCGUCCAGCAUUCAAAGGAGGGAUUACUUUCCAUGGCCAAUGCUGGGCCCAACACGAAUUCUUCCCAAUUCUUCAUCACAACAGUCAAGACUCCUUGGUUAGAUGGAAAACACGUCGUAUUUGGUGAAGUAACUGAGGGAAUGGAUAUUGUUAAGGCCAUGGACAGAGUUGGUACUUCGUCUGGAAAACCUCAAGAGAAGGUUGUCAUCGAAGAUUGUGGUCAGUUAUAA